AUGGCGGAUUCUAGUCGUCCGGCAAGUUUUUGGACACAGGCCAAUGCGUUACUUAGGAAGAACUUAACCUAUCAGAGGAAACACAUAUGGACGAAUGUUCGGCUCAUCUUGGUUCCACUCUUCCUCUGCUUGAUUCUGCUGGCGAUUCAACAAGUGCUCGAUGCCCUGACGAAGAGUAUCUCUAAUUUGGCUAAUGAAUGUAAAAGUAAUGCUGCUAAUUUGCCUGGUGAUAUCUGUCCCAUCCCAAACCCUCCGUUGUUGCCUCCGAUGUUGCAGGUUCCACAGCCUCAACUCCGCUCUGUUAAGUCCGAUUUUCUUUCCUACUCGGACCUCCCCGACAAGUCAUGCAGAGUAACAGGAGGAUCUUGUCCUGUAACUAUACUUAUCACUGGCGAUAAACAGCCCCUUGGAAGAGCUUUAUCGGCAAAUAUCUUCCCUACGUCUUUUACGGUUAAUUCCUCCGACCUCAUGCCUACUUUAGCCAAUAAUGUCUUGGGUUCAACAGCAGCAGCAGGCGAAAACAGUUAUGCAGAUCCAGGGAUUUCCUCAGAUUUUCCCAUCUACAGUAUCCAACCUCUGUGUAGUGCAAACUCGACUUGGCCACUCUCGCUCGGAAAAAUCCAGACAAACGUGAAAUGUGUUCAAGGAUUGUGUCUCUGGCGAAAUAACUCUGAAGAGGUCAAUAAUGAGCUCUUCAAAGGUAGUUGGAGGGGAAACCCUGCUGGGAUGACAAAUGAGAUUGCUGCAGCAUAUGAUCUCAUGAGUACGGAUAAGAAAAACUUCAAUGUGACCAUCUGGUAUAACUCAACAUACAAGGAUGAUCCUCUAACUGGCAAUGUAAAGUUGGUGUAUGAGAAACAAGAGCGUCUAAGAAUUAUAAUGAAAAUGCAUGGCCUGGGCGACGGUCCAUAUUGGAUGAUUUCCUAUGCCUAUUUUCUUACCAUAUCCAUGUUGUAUGUUGUUUCAUUGGUGAUCUUUGGGUCAGUGAUAGGACUCAAGUACUUCCGGCUAAAUGACUAUAGCAUCCAGUUCGUUUUCUAUUUUGUCUAUUUGAAUCUGCAAAUCGCUCUUGCCUUUCUUGUUUCGUCAAUAUUCUCAAAGGUUAAGACUGUUACAGUCGUUGCUUACAUCUUGGUGUACGGAACUGGGCUCUUGGGAAGCUUUCUGUUCCAGAAGAUGCUUGAAACUCAAUCAUUCCCGGAAGAAUGGAUUGUUGCCUUGGAGUUGUAUCCUGGCUUUGCUCUAUACCGUGGGUUGUAUGAGUUCUCGCAAUAUGCCUCACGGGGAAACGGGAUAAAGUGGGAAGAUCUCAGCGAUAGUGGGAUGGGUGAAGUUUUGUGCAUCAUGUCAAUAGAGUGGUUUCUGGUUCUCAUCGUGGCCGUAUAUAUCGAUCAGGUUUUCUCAUCCGGGAAGCACCCUUUAUUUUUCUUGAGCAAACCUUUCAAGAAAUCUUCUUCCCUACCAAGGAGGCCUACUGUGCAGAGGCUAGAUUCUAAAAGAGUCUCCAUAGAUAUCGACAAAUUAGAUGUCACUCAGGAGAGGGAGAAAGUUGAGAAACUGAGGAAUGAAGGUAGCUCAGGGCAUGCAAUCGUGUGUGACAACCUGAAGAAGGUGUAUCCAGGUAGAGAUGGUAACCCGCCAAAACUAGCAGUAAGAGGGUUGUAUCUUGACGUGCCUUCAGGAGAAUGCUUUGGCAUGCUUGGUCCUAAUGGUGCCGGCAAAACCUCUUUCAUUAAUAUGAUGACGGGGCUCCUAAAACCUUCAUCAGGAACAGCCUUGGUUCAGGGGUUGGACAUAUGCAACGACAUGAACAAAGUAUACACGAGCAUGGGCGUAUGCCCACAGCACGACCUGCUUUGGGAGACGUUAACAGGCAGGGAACAUCUUCUCUUUUACGGUCGACUCAAGAAUAUCAAGGGCUCUGAUCUAACGGAAGCCGUGGAAGAAUCUCUCAAAAGCGUCAGCCUUUUUGAUGGAGGAGUUGCUGACAAACCUGCUGGAAAUUACAGCGGAGGUAUGAAAAGGCGACUUAGUGUGGCCAUAUCGCUUAUCGGGAACCCUAAGGUGGUUUAUUUGGAUGAGCCAAGCACAGGACUUGAUCCAGCCUCGAGGAAGAACUUAUGGAAUGUGAUUAAGCGUGCAAAACAAAACACUGCGAUAAUCCUCACAACUCACUCGAUGGAAGAAGCAGAAUUUCUAUGCGAUAGACUAGGGAUAUUUGUGGACGGAGGCUUGCAAUGCAUAGGAAACUCCAAGGAGCUAAAGAGCAGAUACGGUGGAUCGUAUGUGUUCACGAUGACAACAUCCUCAAAACAUGAGGAAGAGGUUGAGAGAUUAGUUGAAACUGUCUCUCCCAACGCCAAAAAGAUAUAUCAUCUCGCUGGUACACAGAAAUUCGAGCUCCCAAAGCAAGAGGUUAGGAUUUCUGAGGUGUUUCGAGCUGUAGAAAAGGCCAAAUCCAACUUCACAGUCUUUGCUUGGGGACUCGCCGACACAACUCUCGAAGAUGUUUUCAUCAAGGUCGCUAGAACUGCUCAAGCCUUCAUUUCCUUGUCUUAA